CCUCGUCGGUGAGUCCGUCCGCAACGGCUCUCCUUUAUGCUGAAGCGACUCAUCGUGCCUUAUCAACGCCGGAUUCUCCACAAGAUGGCCAGUCUUUCACAGACAAAGGAGCUGUUCAGGAGAGCAGAGGCAGUUUGUUUUGACGUGGACAGCACGGUCAUCAAAGAAGAAGGCAUCGAUGAACUUGCCAAAUUCUGUGGAGUGGGAGAUGCAGUCACUGAGAUGACUCGCAAAGCAAUGGGAGGCUCAAUGACGUUUAAAAAGGCCCUGACUGAGCGCCUUUCCAUCAUCCGAUGUUCCAGGGAACAAGUCAACAAGCUGAUAACAGACCAUCCUCCACAGCUCACUCCAGGUGUCAGGGAGCUGGUGGAUCGUCUGCAUGAGCGCAACAUCAAGGUGUUCCUCAUUUCGGGGGGCUUCCGUUGUAUUGUUGAACACGUGGCCACUCAGUUAAACAUUCCUCUGCACCACGUCUACGCCAACAGGCUCAAGUUCUACUUCAAUGGAGAGUACGCCGGUUUCGAUGAGAGUCAGCCCACAGCCGAGAGCGGCGGGAAAGGAAAAGUGAUCAGCUUGCUGAAGGAACAGUACGGCUUCAAGACCGUGGUGAUGAUCGGAGACGGAGCCACCGACCUGGAGGCCUGCCCCCCCGCUAGCGCGUUCAUCGGGUUUGGUGGGAAUGUGGUCCGGCCGCAGGUGAAGGAGAGGAGCUCGUGGUACGUGACGAGUUUCGGGGAGCUUUUGAAGGAACUGGAGAAGAUCUAAAACGUGUCAACGGAACCCUGUUAUUACUAAUUUAACAUAUUGUAUUUGCACCCAAUGUGUGCCUCAGAUGGUUUUAUCCAGUUUCUCUUAUAUUUCAAUAGAUUUUUAUAUUGAACAAACACGUUUACACUAAUGAGACCAAUUUUACCUUAAGAGGGACGUUGGUUGGUUUUUAUACUAAAACAUACUAAAAAAAAAACCUAAGUGGAGGUUAAGAAGAUUAGUGUUUUUGCACCUUGCUUCCAUUAGGUAGGCUAAUACAAUCCUACAUUUGAUGGUAUGUGCAAUGAGCGAUAGAAGUAUUAUCUGUGUUCUGUAAGCAGACAUGUCUGAGUGUGACUCAUGUAAAUAACACCAUUAAAAUAAAAACAAGACAACAUGAC